AUUGGAUGACCCUUCAAUCUUUCUUUUUUCUAAUAAAGGAGUAUCGUUGUGAAUUGUGUGCCACUUUUAGCAGUUUGGUUAUUUAUGUCUCUCUAGGCUUAUGUGAAUCUUCUGGCUUGAUUUGACAUGACUGGAUUGAUUCUACCUCUCUGUACUUAUCCACAUUGCUUUUGAGAGUUGAGUUUUUGUGGGUUUUUAUCUAAAUAAUUUUGGAAGGCUUUUUUGGUGUGGUAGAAAACAGUGUUAGUUUGCAUUGAAGUGUUGCACUGGAGGAGUUUAAUGUGUCUAUGGAAUGAAUUCGAUGAGAUCAUUUUCUGUUUUAUGGUCAUUUCUUUCUCAACAUGGCAAUUUCAUAUUUUUUUCCUGGAAUUUUCUUUGAUCAAUUUGUAUUUGAUUGUAAUUUUGCUCUGAGUUUGGAUCCACAUCAUGUUCUAAACUGGUUGGCUGGAAUAUUUGUAAUUUAUAAGCAUUUCAAAUGUCUCGGUGAGUAGCUGUGAUCCUUGUAUCCUUGUACUGGUCGUGGUUUAAACUAAUUUUUAGUCCUAAUUCUUAUGCAGGUUAACUGCCAGAGAUUAAAUUUGUUUAGAUUUUCUCAUUGUGUUUUGUAAUUUAGCUUCAAAAUAUUUACACUUUUGUGUUAUCUACCUGGUAAAAUGAAAAAGGUAGGUUCCUAGACUUGGACACUUGAUUUGUUUGUGGUUUGGAGAAUCUGGGAUCCUGGUUUGAUCGUCAUUGACAACUGGGAGAGAGACGAUGGGACAGGCUUCGUCACCAGUUCUGAUUCUAUUAGCUUUUGGGUUUUUCUUUGCUACAUACAACUUAGUCACCAUGACAAUGCACAACAGAUCUAUUGGGAAAUGGGUGUAUGACGAUUCGGAUGGUGAGGCAUUUUUCGAUCCAGUUAUUGAAAUGCCUGAAGAGGUGAAGAAACCAAAGAAUGCCAGGAUGCCCUUCCAUGUUGCCUUAACAGCAACUGAUGCUCCCUACAGCAAAUGGCAGUGUCGCAUUAUGUACUACUGGUAUAAGAAGAACAGAGACCUGUCUGGGUCGGAGAUGGGAGGAUUUACACGGAUUUUGCACUCUGGAAAGCCUGACAACUUGAUGGAUGAGAUGCCUACAGUUGUGGUUGAUCCUCUUCCUGCAGGUCUCGAUCGGGGUUACAUCGUCCUAAAUAGACCAUGGGCCUUCGUUCAGUGGCUGGAAAAGACUACCAUUGAGGAAGAAUAUAUAUUAAUGGCAGAGCCUGAUCAUAUACUUGUGAAUCCCCUUCCAAAUCUAGCUCGUGGAGGGUUGCCGGCUGCUUUUCCAUUUUUCUAUAUCGAACCUGCUAAAUUCGAAAAUAUCGUAAGGAGGUAUUAUCCAGAGGAGAAGGGUCCUGUGACAGAUAUCGAUCCAAUUGGCAACUCUCCUGUAAUUAUCAAGAAGGAACUUCUGGAAAAGAUAGCUCCUACAUGGAUGAAUGUUUCCUUGAAGAUGAAAAAUGACAAGGAGACUGAUAAAGCUUUUGGAUGGGUACUAGAAAUGUAUGCAUAUGCUGUAGCAGCAGCUUUGAAUGACGUGCAGCAUGUUCUUCGGAAAGAUUUUAUGCUGCAGCCCCCAUGGGAUCUGAGCACUAGGAAUUUUUUUAUCAUUCAUUAUACUUAUGGAUGUGACUACAACUUAAAGGGUCAGCUAACAUAUGGAAAAAUUGGAGAGUGGAGAUUUGACAAGAGAUCAUAUCUACGAGGGCCUCCGCCAAAAAACCUCCCCUUGCCCCCUCCAGGGGUUCCAGAAAGUGUGGUUACCCUCGUAAAGAUGGUCAAUGAAGCUACUGCUAACAUUCCUAAUUGGGAUGCAGAGUAGCCGUCUGUCACGAUCCCCAUGGAAGGUUUCAUCCAUGGCCAUUUAGAAAUAUUGAUGUCUAGAAACCCAGGUUAAUUAUUAUUUCUAAUAAACGAAUUGAACAACAAAAAGUGGAAAAUUAAGAAGGUUAUUUAGUAAGGAUUACAGCAUAUUUAGGAAA